AAAAGAUUUGGGGAUUUAUUACAAAAUAAGUUUUUAAUUAUUGCAUCAGUGAGUAAUCCUUAUUUUAAAGUGGCAUGGAUUAAAAAUGAUGUAAGAAAGCAAAUGGCUAUGGAUGCAUUUAGAAAUGCUUGUUURCAAAUAUAUGAAAAAGAGUGUGUUUCCAAUACUCAAGAACCUAAUAUUGUAGAAAGUUAUGAUGARCCAUCAUUGGACUUUUUUACGUGGUCUUCUUCAAACAAUAUGAAUGGUAUAGAUUCGGUAGAUAUUKAAAUUAAUCAAUAUUUUAGGACUUCACCAACAAAAAACUUGGAUUGUUUGCAAUCACUUCCUAUACUUAAAAAAGUAUUUAUUAAAUACAAUACACCUCUCCCCAGCAGUGCUUCGGUUGAAAGGGUAUUUAGUGUAGGAGGAGCUACGUUAACAAAAAAGAGAACAUCAAUUAGUGACAAGCAUUUUGAACAAAUAAUGUUUUUAAAAUGUAAUAAUCAAUGCAAUAAUAAAUAAUAA